GGCGCGCGGCGGGCGGGUCCUCGGGGCGGGGGGGGCGCCCCGGAGCCGGGCGGCGGCGGCCGGGAGCCCCCGGAGGAGGAUGGGCGGCGGGCACAGCCGGCUGAGCUGCUGCAGAGCCCCCAAAAAGAGGCACCGAAAACCAGAUCAGCCACCCAGACCAGAGCCACAGGAAUUAGGUCCCCUCAAUGGGGACACAGCCACAGCUGUCCAGCUCUGCCCAUCUGAGGAGGCCGAGCAGUGCCAGAAGGAGAUAACCAGAAUUCUCCAGCAACAUGAGGAAGAGAGGAAGAAAUGGGCCCAACAGGUAGAGAAGGAGAGGGAGCUAGAGCUUCGAGAGAAACUGGAUGAACAGCGAAGAGUCCUGGACGGAGAGCAUGAGGAGACCCUGCAAGUCCUCCGGGCCUCACAUGAGCAGGAGAAGGAAGCCCUUACCCAGUCCUUUGAGGAGGCCAAGGCGACCUUGCAGGAGACCAUUGAUGAACUGUCAUCACAGCUGGAGGUCUUCCAGGCCAAGAUGAAGAGGGUAGAAGAGUCCAUUCUGAGCCGAGACUAUAAGAAGCACAUCCAGGAUUAUGGGAGCCCCAGCCAGUUCUGGGAGCAGGAGCUGGAAAGCUUACACUUUGUUAUCGAGAUGAAGAACGAGCGUAUUCACGAGCUGGACAAGCGGCUGAUCCUCAUGGAAACAGUGAAAGAGAAAAAUCUGAUGUUAGAGGAAAAAAUCACCACCUUGCAGCAGGAGAACGAGGACCUCCAUGUCCGGGGCCGCAACCAGAUGAUUAUGUCAAGGCAGCUCUCCGAGGACUUGCUUCUCGCCCGCGAGGCCCUGGAGAAGGAGUCCCAGCUGCGGCGACAGCUCCAGCAAGAGAAGGAGGAGCUGCUGUACCGGGUCCUGGGGGCCGACGCCUCCGCUGCCUUCCCCUUGGCCUCCGUCACCCCCACCGAGGUCUCCUUCCUGGCCAGCUAGGGCCCCGGCCUGGGCCCGCCAUGACGCCUGUGGUGGCAGCUCGCUCUUGAGGACUCACCAGAGAAGACAGCAGAGGCCUUCUCCUUUCCCCCGGAGGGGCCGAGGGCAGGAGUGAGAUGGGGAGCCGGGUGUGUGCUCAGUGAGCCCUGGGGGCUCGGGCCAUGCAGGAUCACCCUUGGGGCUUUGGGGCCCCAGGUGUGCCUUCCCUUGAGUUGGCCCAGGGAACAAGCAAGAGGAGUCCUUCUGUCCCUCCCUGUUCUCUCUGUUCCACUCAGGGAAGUCCUGAGCUUCUCCCAGGGGCAGCCAUGGCUGUUGCGGUCAUCUGACAAAGACACAACCCCCUGGUCCUGACUUGUCAGCUUCCCCCAGAUGUUCCUGCCUCUGCUCAGGCCCUCCCUUAGCCUCAGUUUACUUCUCUAAAACAGCCAGGGGAACUGCAUGAAUGACACUUGAGUCACUACGGUGUACCAUUCUAGGAUAGUUUGAAGGUCAGACUAGGGGCUGGGGGGCAGGGGAGGAAGUGGGCCAGACCCUGGGAAUCAACAGGGAAAGGUGAGCAGCUGGAAAGGGGGUCACUGGAAGCCCUUGGGACUGGGGUGCCAGGUCCCAGCCCAGCCAAGGCAUGGGCUGGGUAUGACAUGGGGCAUGCCACUGCUCCCAGUCCCAGAGUCCAGUCAGCCCAGGAGUUGAGCCAGCGCUCCUCCCCCCUGCCCAGGCAAGCAAGGCUCACUCCUCAGCCCUCUGGAUCUCUUAGUCUCCGUGUCACCUGGACGCAGGGCCACCUAGUGGGUCUGGGUACACUUAGCUGCCAGCAUUGGAACCUCAUCCCUGUACAGACUAGGAAACCAAGGUGGGGAGUGGGACCCACAAAGCCAGGACAGGAACUCAUCUGUCAUCCAGCCCUUAGCUUGUUGUGCUUGUUUUUCUCUCCAGGCUCUGGAAAGAUCAGAAAUGUGACUUGGUCUUUGUCCUCCUUCCUCUACCUGCCCCCACCCACUUCCGAUCUCUCAUACUCCUGCUCCUUACCUUUACUCAUUCUACCACCCCUGAUGCCAGGCGCCAGGACCCCAGAACCUGGCCCUGAGCUUCCCCAUCAGUGCAGAGGGGUGGCCAGAGUAACCUCAGCAGGCCUGUCCAGCCCAGACCGCCUAUGGAUUUUAUAUUCUUCUCAGGAAGCUUCGGGUCAGCUGGACAUGAUAAUGAUAACCCCUCCCUUGCACAGAGCAUUUUAAUUCAAUGCUCUCACAUACACCUCCCUCCCCUCAGCCAUCUAAGAUCCUUGAAGCCCCAUUCUUAUCUUUCUUCAGAGCAAACUGAGAUCACAGGAGCCAGUGAGAUUCCCCAGCUCCAGCCCCAGGCCCCAGACCAGCAAGUAAGAAAAGUCAGUCCAGGAGAACUGAGGUUGGCUCUAUCAUCCCAGACUGCCUUCUUCAUUCCCUUGGAUCUGGUCUUCAGCCAUUUCUUGUUCUAGGAGUUCAGAUGCAAAUAUGUUUCUCCAUUUCUCCCCUAGUAGGGCUAGGGGAGUGCUGAGCUGUUUCUCCGGCCACAGGCAAACAAGUUAUCCAUCUCGGAGCUUUGGAAACAGCUCUGGAGUCAAGUACACACGUACUUCUUCAUGCAAUGUUUCCCAAAGUUUGUCUGGGAUUCACUAGUUCAUUGCACAUUAAUAGGCAUGACCAAGAAAAGAAUUGGUAGCCAAGCAGUUUGAGAAACUCUAGGUUCAAUCAAGUUAAACAGACCUGCAGGACUUCUCAGAACCUUUAAUGUGCUAAUGUGCACUGCAAUUUCCAGCGUGUUCAGCAUUUUCUAAACUCCUUUGACCAACUUUCUACCCCAACCUAAGCACUUCAGGCUGCAGUAUGCACUUUAGAAAGCAUCAUUUUAAUUGAGAGGGGCUGGUCUGCAGAAGGGGCAAGCGGAGAGUGAGGUUUCUCCCUCAUACAGCAUGUGGCGGGUGCCAGGAGCUAAGCUGUGGUCACGCCCUCACCCCAGCAGACAAGUUUAUCUGGCCCCCGUGUUUUCCCCGGGUGAGGGAGGAGGUGGCCCCUCACUGAGGACCCCUGCUGGUGGCAGGGAUCAUUGAGGAAAAUGUCCUGGGCCUGAGUGACUUGCCAAGAGGCUCUAGGCUCCCUCUUGGGGUAUUGGUACCCCAAUGGCCCUAGCUUUGCCCAGCCUUGGAAUGGGGCCUGAUGUUGGAGUGAAGGCUGGCCAUCAGAACAGGUCAGGGCUUGGAGGGAAGCUGUGAGGUUGGUGGAAGCAGUAAUGGACAGCAGGGUAUAAGGGGUGAUGUGAAGGUUCCUUUUGCAGUCCUUGUGCGAGUGACAACUCCUGGGCAUCAAAAGCACCAAGGGUCACAUAGUAACCUACCCCCAUGUCUGUCCAUGGCUCCACUAAGAUGCCAGCAGUCAGGGAGGGCGCUAGGAAGGGGCAGGGGAGAUGUGACGGCUUCCUGUGUUCACACGGACAUGGGUGGUGGCAGUCCCCAUGCCCUGGAGGUUGGUGGCCUGGCAGGUGUAGAUGCCAGAGUCCCCAACCUGAGCCUCUUCCACGUACGGGGUGCUCCCUGCCACCUGUUGUACCUGGCCCUCUUGGUGAACAACACUGGCCCACUUGCUGACGUAGGGGGGUCGGCCCAACUGAAAGGACAAAAAAAUAAUUGUCCAUCAGCUACCCCAGGUGUCAUCUCUGACUCAGGCACCAGCAGGCGAGUAAGAGGCACUGUGUAUUCCUUCAGGGAAAGGGACAGUGACUCGCCCAAGGUCGUACAUGCAUAUCAGAGCACCUGAAAGGGCAGGUUCUUUGUGGCAAAUGUGAGCUUCUCAGGUCCCUGGGGAGAAGCUGGGGUCUCCUCCCCUACCCAAGGAGAUACAGGAAGUACCUUGGCUGGGAGCACCCCCCCCCCCGCCCGCCGCCAGUGUGGCACUCUGGUUUUGUGUGAUUGUUAAUGGGUGCUACCUCCCCAAAGCGGGGUGGGGAGGGGAGGUGGGGUUCUAUUAAAUUGUUUGGGAAACACUGAGUUAAGCAAAAUUAAAUUGAGACUCAGACCACUGUGUCUGUCGCAUGUG